AUGAUUACUCAUUUCUUCACAGUCUGUUGUGUCAUUCCAACCAUGAGACCCAUCUUUCAAGCAUAUUCAAUGAUCUUCAUACUAGGCAACAUGGUGGCUUGUCAGUCACAGUCAUCUGGUGGGAAAGAUGCCAUCAACACCACAAUAAUCAACUUCAAUAACGAGAAGAUGCAGAUCACAUGGGCAACAAGAGAGCUUUUUCCCAAUGAGAACGUGUCAUUUUUUUACACAUUUGGAGAAGGCAAAAACAAGGUUUGGAAGCCAUGUACCACUUAUUUAUUGGAUCAAGAUUAUAAUUCUGGAUGUCUUUUUAAGACAGAAGGACCUACCCUCGCCAUUUCUAUCAGGAACAGCAAUGGAAGUGAAGAGAUCUUUUCUAAAAAUCUAAAAUCUGAUUUUUACAUAAAGCCCAGACCACCAGAAAAUGUGACCUUCUUCUGGGAAGAGGACACUGUUACUGUAAGCUGUAAUAAACCAGAGAGAAAUGCAUGGUGCUUGAGAUUUGAGCUGCAAUACAAAAGCAAGUUUGACAAGGAGUGGCAAUCCAGAACUUCUAAGUGCUGCAGUGUUGGAGAGCAAGGCUUUGAUCCAAGGAAGUGCUACUCUUUCCGGGUCAGGCUGAGGAGGCUGGUACCAUACUGCAACGUAGUUAAAUACAGCAGUGACUGGGCAGCUGAAACGUUUUGGAUGAAUGGCACAUUAUUAGAUUCAUGUGAUGAUGAUAUAACUCCUCAGUCAAAGACAGUAAUUAUUUUAAGUUGUUCGCUGGCAGUACUCUUAAUGAUGCUUAUCCUCCUGAUCCUUCUGUGUAAAUGGCAGAGGGUUCAGAUGUCAGUCCUGCCUGCUAUACCAGACCCAAAAUACCCAUUUGCUGAUCUCUUUAAUGAUCAUAAUGGAAACUUACAGGAAUGGCUAGACAAAAAUGACCAUGUGGUGUUGCAAACCAAGCUGGAAUAUGAAGAACCAGAGUCCAUCACUGAGGCAGAAAGCCAGCAAGAGGAUGGGAAGAACAGUGACAAACAGGGGCCUUUGGAAAAGAUCUUCACUUUUUCAGGAGCAGCUGAAAAUAAUGAUGGCAAAGCAACUGAGACUGCCUGCCUGAUACCAGCACCCAACACUACAGCUCCUUUCGCUGGCUUCCAUAUUUUAAUGAACGAUGACAUGUAUGUGAUGUUAUAA